GCCCGAGGCGGAGGGUGGCGGCCGAGCGCCGGAGUCGGCGAGUCGGGCGAGGGUGCCGCCGGGCUCGGGGCGGGCGGCGAGCGGAGCCGUCCGGAGCGCGCCGGGCAGCGGCCGCCGCCGUCCCGGGCGCGGGCGGCAGGAUGGAGCUCAACUCCCUGCUGCUGCUGCUGGAGGCGGCCGAGUACCUGGAGCGCAGGGAUCGAGAAGCCGAGCACGGCUACGCCUCGGUGCUGCCCUUCGACGGCGACUUCUCCAGGAAGAAAACAAAGGCCGCCGGCCUGGUGCGCAAGGCCCCAAACAACAGGUCUUCACACAACGAACUAGAAAAGCACAGACGAGCCAAACUCAGGCUCUACCUGGAGCAGCUCAAGCAACUGGUGCCCUUGGGCCCCGACAGCACGCGCCAUACCACGCUGAGCCUCCUGAAGCGAGCCAAGAUGCACAUCAAGAAAUUGGAGGAGCAGGACCGGCGGGCCCUGAGCAUCAAGGAGCAGCUGCAGCGGGAGCACCGCUUCCUGAAGCGGCGCCUGGAGCAGCUGUCCGUGCAGAGCGUGGAGCGCGUGCGCACCGACAGCACCGGCUCCGCCGUCUCCACCGACGACUCGGAGCAAGAGGUGGACAUAGAGGGCAUGGAGUUUGGUCCCGGGGAGCUGGACAGUGUUGGCAGCAGCAGUGACACCGAUGACCACUACAGCCUUCAGAGCGGCGGCGGCAGCGACGGCAGCUACGGGCGCCCCUGCCCGCGGCCGGGCCGCCCCGGCCUCUUGUAGGUCCCGUGUCCUGUGCUCCUCGGCCUGCCACCCCGCCUGGCCAAGCGCGUCAGCCCUCCAGCCUUCCCUUGACCAACGCCAGCCUCUCCGCGGGCCCGCUGCCGUGCCAUGCUGGAAGCUCCGGCCGCCGCCUGGACUGCCAGCCUCUUCCUGCAGCGCCGGGGCCCCCACGGGCCCCCCACGGGGAGGCGGAGCCCAGCCCCCACGCCCCGGAGCCCAGCGUAGCCGCACACAGUCUGUUCUCAGAUUCCCAAUCAUUCCAGAAGUAUUAAAUGUCAUUGCUGCAAACUCUGGUGGGCACCAUGUCAGGGGCUUAGUGACCACCGAGGGAGCUUGCAACCGACGCCAGAUCCCGGGAGAGAGGAGUGGACUGAGGAAGGAAGGAUGGCGCCACGGUCUGUCCGUCUGUAUUUCCAUCUUUUGGUUCGCACAGGCUCCUGGGGCGUGGACCGAGGGAUCCAUGAAGGGCGGGAUUUGGGUGAGCACCUGGGGCAGGUGGGUGGAGAGAGACCUUCUUCCCACCGGUGUCAGGAGCCAAGGCUGGGUUCCCGGGGCUCCUCCGGGCAGCCCCAGGCCACGCCGGGUCGCUUCUGCUCUGUUUAGGACCAUCGGGCACACACAUGCACCCCCCAGGCUCACUCCCAGGCACACACACACGCACACACGCACACACACACGGGCACCAGCAGACACACACCCUGCGAGGUUAGACCUUCAAGGGCCACCUCCAAGUGCUGGCCCCGAGCCUCUGCCUGCCUUUCCUGCUGCCUCCGCCCCCAGCCCCGCGCACCCUUCCCGGCCCAGAGGCCCCGGCCGGGUCUGUACAGGAAAUAUGGCUCCUCUCCUGGCAGAGGCUGGGCACGCUGGGCACCCUGUCCUCAGGCUCUCAGCUCCCUUUCUUAAAAAAAGCGAAAAAAGGAAGGAAGGGAGGAAGGAAAGGAGGGAGGGAGGGAGGAG